AUGGAUUGGAGUCUGAGGGACUCUGCCGAGCAAAGAAACAUUGAUAGGAGUGUGAGAGAUGCUGCUGAGCAAGGAAACAUUGAUGCCUUGUACGUAUUGAUAGAGAAGGAUGCACAUGUUUUGGAUAGGGUCGAUAAGAUUCCAUUUCUUGACUCCUUUGCACAUAGCUAUUACAUCUUGCAAAGAAAACAAGCCAUAUUGGUUGACCGACUACUUGAUUUUGAUAAGGACUUUGUCCGUGUCCGAGGAAGGGAGGGUGUGACUCCUUUGCAUUACGUAAUUCAAAAAGGAGACCUCUAUUUUUUGAAGAAAUUUUUAGAAGCCUGCCCCGAGUCUCUUGAAGAUGUGACAAUUCGAGGAGAGAAUGCCUUGCAUAUAGCCUUAAAAUAUGACAUGAUCGAUGUUUUUCGGUACCUGGUACAAUGGCUUGGGCGGGCUUGUUUUAAAGAUGCCAAAUUGUUGCAGGGGAAACUGCUUGAUGGGCGGGAUGAUGACGGCAACACUCUUUUGCACGUUGCAGUAUCCAGAAAUCAACCAGAGGCAAGUAGUGUCAUGGUUAUUGGAUCAGUAGUUCAUAUAAAGAAUCUUGAGGGUCAUACGGUGCUUGGCAUCCUGGAACUCCAAAGCCAACAAACACAGUUUUACGUAGGAAUACGUCGCCGGCAAACAGUUAUAACAGAGGAGAGGCGGAAUGCGCUGUUGGUCGUUGCUGGAUUGCUAAUAACGGUCACCUACCCGGCAGCACUCAGCGCUGAUCAACCCAAUGAGUUCAACUGCACAUCCCCAUCCGAUCAACGCUACCAGUGCCGGUCACUUCAACUGCACAGCCCGGUUCAACCCUGA